AUGGUGCCUAUGACUAGAAAUCUAUUAUUCAGACCCCAGACACUCACUUUUUCAGUCUGGAACCUGAAAUUCUCCACUCGACAAAGUGCGAUUCCUCUUACUGGCAUCAAACGGCCCUCACUAAAACGCCAAGAUUUUACACAAGAAUAUCAAAUCCAAAGGAUGACAUCAGAUCAUUCAGCAAGUCUCCAUGAAAAAGCUUUAGCGGCACUAGCCAGAUUGAGGAGUGGAGACCAGCCUCGAAACCCAUCCGAACGCACACCUGACCGUUCUUCCACGAGCAACACCGCCGAUCGCCUCGAGAAAGCUUUGAACGAGGCUGGUUUCCAAUCUUGGGGCUUUCCUAUCUAUCGAUGCACAUACCGGAGUGAUUCUGACUGGGCAGAGUUCCUUCGUCGCUACCGGUGGCAUGUCGCGGACUCUCUUAAGCACGUGAACGGUCUUGACCUCCUUGAGAGUUUUAAGAUAACCGUUUUUGAGAAUCAAGCACUAUUCGAAGCAAUGGGCAACAACUGCUAUUCAGGCGUUUCGCCUGAUAUGCUUGUUUUCGCCAACGUUGAAGCGGCGCGCUAUAGGUUCUGUCUCUUUAUUGAUGAAGAGUCAUUACAAAGUGUUCUCCAAGCACCUCUUGAGGACUGCUUCAAUAAAAAUGCUUUCGUUAAUAUGCUUAAUGGGUGGUGGAAAGUAGAGUCACUUAACGACCACGAUCCCGAAGAUUUAGAAGACGAUGAGUUGGAGGCUAUACGUCUGGAGCUUAAUAGUCACGAUCCUAUCGAAGGAUAUACCGUGAAGGACGUUGGGUGGAUGAAAGUUGCUCUCUGUGGCGCCGGGCUGGAGGGAUUUUCUAAGAUGGGCGAGCAUGGCGAAUGGGAUAGAUAUUACGAGCGUCCUUCUGAAAUUUGUCACUACUUGUAG